CUCUUUCAGUUUUCCUUGUUUUCUUCUCUUUUAUUUCUGAGGGUACUCAUCAUGCGCAUUCUCCUUUUUGAUUCUGCUGGACCUCACGGCCCCCCAAUUCAUCGUUGCUGUUGUACUGUGUUUUCUUUCUGCUCUGUAGUUUCUUUUUCUCUCUGGCUGUUUCUGUUUCUUUGAGUUGUUUUUUGGCUCUUUGUUAUUGGAUCACUAUUACCAAAAAAAAAAAAAAGAAUCAUGCAUUUACCACCCACCACUUCUUAUCUUAUAUGAAAAUCAGACACGCGGAAUGUACUGUUAUAUAGUAUAGUUUUGUACCUGUAAAUAAACUGUUUUCCUUGAGUUCAGAAUGAGCACAGAGUUCUAAGCCAGUAAUGAUGUCCACAAAAGAAGAAGAAGAAGAAGAAAGCUUCAGCUAUGCCAUGCAGCUGGUGACUUCUAAUGUGCUGCCUAUGUCCAUGCAAUCAGCAGUUGAGCUUGGAGUUUUCGACAUGAUAGCCAAAGCUGGUGCGGGUGCGGGUCUUUCCUCAUCCCAGAUUGCAGCUCAGCUAGGCACCCAGAACCCCGAGGCGCCCAUGAUGUUGGAUCGAAUACUCAGGCUAUUGGCAAGUCACUCUGUGCUCAAUUGCACUGUGGUUAAUGCUAAUGAUGAUGAUCAUGUUGAUGGGCCUAAUUUUCAGAGGGUUUAUAGUCUUGCUCCUGUGUCCAAGUACUUUGUGAAGAGUGAUGAAGAUGGCGUUUCUUUAGGCGCCCUGCUGGCAUUGACUCAAGACAAGGUCUUCUUGGACAGCUGGUUCCAGUUGAAAGGUGCUGUUGUGGAAGGAGGAAUCCCAUUUAACAGGGUCCAUGGCACACAUGCCUUUGAGUAUCCAGGUUUGGACCCCAGGUUUAACCAAUUGUUCAACACAGCAAUGUGCAACCACACCACUAUUGUUAUCAAGAAAAUUCUUGAUCUGUACAACGGUUUUGAGCUCCUUAAGCAACUUGUUGAUGUUGGGGGUGGCCUUGGAGUGACUCUUAGCCUAAUCACUUCUAGAUACCCUCAUAUUAAGGGCAUCAACUUUGACUUGCCUCAUGUCAUCAAAGACGCCCCUUCUUACACUGGAGUGGAACAUGUUGGAGGAGACAUGUUUGCAAGUGUUCCAAGUGGGGAUGCCAUUUUUAUGAAGUGGAUACUUCAUGACUGGAAUGAUGAGCACUGCUUGAAGCUCCUGAAAAAUUGUUACAAUGCUAUACCGGACAAUGGAAAAAUAAUUGUUGUGGAAGCACUUCUUCCAGUUUUGCCAGGGACCAGCACUGCUACAAAGAGCACCUGCCAAAUGGAUGUGAGUAUGAUGACACAGAACCCGGGAGGGAAAGAGCGAAGCGAACAAGAAUUCAUAGCCUUGGCAACUGCUGCUGGUUUUCGUGGCAUUAGAUAUGAAUGUUUUGUUUGUAAUUUUUGGGUUAUGGAGUUCUUUAAGUAGAUAGACAAGCUUAGAAGCUCCUAUCAUUUACAAAUAUAUUGAAGCCUCAUUAUAGAGCAGGUUCAUAGUCCAUAUUAAAGACCCUUGUUUUUCAAAACUCAUCUCCAAUAAGAAGUUUGCUCUAUUACAAAAAUCA